UAUUGGAAACCUAACCCUUACCCCACUGUUAACCUUAUGCAUAACCUUAAAUUAAAUUCACAAAAUCAUGUUUGUAGUUUCAAAAACGGUUUCGAUAUAGACAAUUGUGACUUUGUGGCUGCGUUAUCUAGUGGAAACCGAUGUGGGGCUGGUGAGAAGCCAUCAAAGUACAAGGAAGGUAACGUUACAUAGCUAGCUACGUAACCUAACUGGCAAGAGACUGAAGAAGCUGCUCUGUCACCGUGUGAGUGCUGAAGAAGAGUCCUCCAGGAAUCCUCAUUUACACUUGAUUACACACCUUUCUCUGAAACAGCUAAGUCAAGACUGUGUCUUGUUAGCUACCAUACAAAAAUGGUGAAGAUAUUUGUUGGAAACGUGAACUCCUCAACCACAGAACCAGAACUGCGUACUCUUUUUGAGAAAUAUGGUCAGGUGUCAGACUGUGACAUUCUGAAAAACUAUGGCUUUGUGCACAUGAAUGAGGAGGAGGAAGCCCAGAAGGCAGUGGCAGAACUCCAUAAGCAUGAGCUGAAUGGGGCACCCAUCACUGUGGAGUUUGCCACUACGAAGGUCCGCAAUGCCACCAAGAUCUACGUUGGGAAUGUCCCUGAGGGGACCACAGCUGCUAAGAUAAGAGAGCUCUUCCAACCGUUUGGUAAGGUGGUAGAGUGUGACAUUGUGAAGAACUUUGCCUUUGUGCACAUGCAGAGAGAAAAUGAGGCCUAUGAGGCCAUUUCCAAGUUGAACCACUCUAAAAUGGAGGGCCAAAAGAUCUUUGUAUCCAUCUCCCGCAACAAUCAAGCCAGAAAUGGCAGAGGGGAUGACUACCCUCACCACUAUCCACCUCACCCACACGACGCUCCUCACUCUCCCCCUCGAGCUCUACACGGUGACUACUACCCACCUCGUGGUCGCUAUCCCCCUCCUCCUCCCCUUCCCCCACCCCCUCCUAGGGCCUACUAUGAGUGUGACCUCUAUGAGAGGCGUGUCCUCCAUGACCCAUACUCUUCCUCCUCACGUUACUAUGAGCAGGAUCCUUAUGAGCGACGGCUUCCCCCACUCCCUCAGCGGCCACUUUCCCCCCCCCUUACUUCCUGUUAUUACCGGGAGCGCAGCCCCCUGGCUAGCUGGUCUCCACCCCCACCUUCCUCUGUCAGCUAUGCCCGAAGGGGUGCCGGGCGAGAUUUUGUUGGUGGCAGCUCUGUGCCCCCUCCUUCCUCUAUGUGCUAUGCUCUGGGCUCAGGCUUUGAUAAGGAUGAUUACUUUGAGGAGAAGUACUCCAAUGGUUUUGGUAGGGGCUACUAAGGGCACUUUUUGAAAAAUAUUUUUGGUGGAAGAUGCUGUGUAUGAGUAUGUUGGCAAUGAGUGCGCAGUUUUUUUAGAAAAACGGGUAAUAGGAACAAUACCGUUCAUUCAUAAAGCUUACUUGUCAAGUCAAUAGCACACUUAAUUGAUUUUGACCAGUUUUUGUUGAUCAUGAAUAAUCACCAGCCAUAUCAGCAGUCUUUGAAUGCAUUUUAUAUUAGUUUUUCAUUGUUGCCAGAUUUUUAGACUUGAGGUGGUAAGCUUGUGUCUUUGAAUGUUUGUUAAUAUUAAUGUCAUAUUUUGAAUUUUUGAAGGAGUUUAGGAUUUAAAAAAUGUAGUAUAGGAAUUAUGUUUUGUGUAGUCGGCCCUACAUCAGGGGUCCCCAAUUACAUUCAGCCGUGGACAGAUUUUUCUUUCAGCGGAGGGUUGGAAUGCCGGAACAUAGUUAUAAAUAAUUUGUACACUGAAAAUUGCUAAUCUCAUCUGAAGGCCUUGCCACAUUCGGUGCAGCAUCAUAGGAUAAAGCAUUGUCUCCGAAACGAAACCCGAUACGACCGAUUCAUCGACUUGACGACUAAAUAAAAAGAUAACCACCGAAAAAUUGUUGCACCUCCGGAGUCACAGCCUGUAUAUCUAUUUGACAUUAUGCAUAUGAAUCACUCGCUGUCCGUAGAGUAACAAGUCCUUUUUGUUUUUGUAUAAAAUGGAUGUAAUCCAAGAUAAAAUAAUUGAGAAAUCUACGCCUAUAAGGACAAAUCUGACUUGUUUUUAUUAGAAGAAAUACAUGAACAAAUGUCUUGAUCAACCGCUGUUGUCAUUUGGCCGCUUAAAUAAAUGUUCGACCUCUGA